GAUUAUCUUUAAAAAAAAUCUUUAAAAAUGUAAAAAAAUUAGCAGAAAUAUUAUUCUUUGAAAUAAAAAAAAUACUUUAAAUUUUUAUUUAAGUAAGUACUGAUUAUGUUUUAUUGAAGUCUGGUCAUGUCAACAAGUAAUAUGACUGUUUCUAGCAUGGCGGAGGAACUUUCACAACAAACACUUAUGGUAAACAAACAUGUGCCAGUAGUUGAUGGCAUUUCAAAAGAUGAGCUAUCGAUAAACCUAAGUGCAAGUGAAAAAAUUAUAAUUUCUGGUGAAGUGCUACAACCACCAGUGAAUGAAACUGGUGAAUAUGAUCAAAAUGUUUUUGAACAAAAUCGAAGUAAUAUUUUGCAAGAAAAUAUUCAUCCCCUUUCUGAUCAUUCCUACAUUCAUACAACCAAAUCACCUACUUUUGAAUCUAUGAACACAGAAGAUUUAAACUCUGUCGGUAGUCCAAUAGCUCCUGAUAAGGACGUAAACAAAAAUUUAGAAUUACAUAAUUUGUCCUUUGAAACUGAUAAAUGUGUUUCAGAUUCUUCUGGAAAUCAUUUAAAAUCCUUAUCUUUAAAUGAAGAUAACGAAAUAAAUUUAAAUAAUGAAUCUUUAACUUUUAAUGCAGUGGAAGGCAGUUGCAGUGAAGAUUUUUAUGCCAAUGAAACAAUUGUCAGUAGUAAUCCUUUAAUUAUAUCUGAAAAUCCUGUAUCAUCUAACAGCUCAUCAGAUCAGACUGUUUGUGCACUUCCCUCUUCCUCAGUUUCAUCAUCAAACAAUUUUGCCUUAUCCAACUUAAAAUUUCUUACAACAAAGAAAACCAAUGCCCCUUUAGGAUCUGUGGAGAAUCCUAUACAAAUUACUCACAAAGGUGAUUCAUUUGAAACUACUCAGGUGUUAACUCAAGCUCAGUUGCAACAAAUAUCAUAUGUUUUGCAAAACCAAAGAGCCAAUAGAAUUCAGAAUGGAGGAAGAUCUGUAUUAUUUGAUCCCACGACAAACACAAGAAUUGUUUGUCGUAUUGUACAUCCUUCUGAAUUGCAAGGCACUAAUUCUACAACUGAGACGGCUUCAAAGCCAACUGCAAUCAGGAGAGCUUCAUCUUCGCGAGGAAAAGGACGUCAUAGGAGAACAGAUGAUGAUGACAGGGGGACUAAUUUGACUAAAGAAGAACGGGAAGAAAGAAAAAAACAAAGACCCAGAACACGUUCUGGUCGUAUUUCUAAGCCACCAUCUUACAUGGUGAAAGAUUAUAAACGUAUUCAUCAUCUUGAUUUUAAUGAAGAUGUUUAUGACUCUGAUGGAGGUUACUCAGAUUAUCAUUUAAGUGAUGAAGAAACAGUAAAAUCUGGAACUAAAGAAGAAGUAUUACCACCAGGAGUUACUACAUCAAAGCAGCGGAAUUAUGCUUGUCAAAAAUGUCCAAAAGCUUAUAUUGGAAAAGGUGGUUUAUCACGACAUUAUCGUUUGAAUCCAAGUCAUGGAAGUAUGCAAGAAGGGGAGGAUGUCAGUACCCAAGAUGAAAAUUCAAGUAGCUCCUUAGCAUCAUCUGUUUUGAGCAGUUCUGGAGGACAGAAUAACAGCCAAAAUGGUACUACUUCCUUUCCUCAAGUAUCUGUUCGAUUUGAAACUGAAGGCUCUUUAGAAAAAGCACCACAAUUGCCAUCUUCUGGCCAAGUAAAUGCAAUAUUAUCUGCAAGAAGAAAGUCAAAGUUGAAGGAGAUUUUAAAAAGUUAUUCAGAUGAAGAAUUGAUAGAUGCAAUACUUCCUGAUUUAGCCCAAAAGGUUUCAUUGUGGGAUUUUUUCUUAAAAAAGUGUGAUGAAAAGUCAGAUGGAUUGAGAAUUUAUGAGAUGCUGAAAGAAUUUGAAAAAUUUCUUGUUGAAAUGCAAAAGAUCUCUCAUGCUUAUCUGUCACCUGCAUCAUAUGAAGAUCAUGGGAAAACAAUCAUUAAUAUCUCCAGCAAGCAGAUUGCUGAAGCAUUAUCAUUAGAAAGAGGAGCUUAUUUUGUCAAUGACCCAUCUACUACCAUUUCAAAUGCUGCCUUCAGUGAAAGUUUAAGUGGUGAAUUGAACCAAUCUGGUGAUAUUAUCCAACCUCAUGCGAAACGGAAAAGAAUUGAUCAGAAUGUGGAAGAUAUUAGCUCUGGAUUACCAGAUCAGAUUUUGAGUGAUGUUCAUGAAAGUGGUAAUAUAGAUUUGCCAUUGUCUGAAGUCAGUUUUCCUGUGAAUUCUGAUUUUCAGAGACAAGAUAAUCACAUAUUCAGUUCAGCUCUUACUGCAGUUGAUCCACAAAAUGAUUUAGCUUCAAAGAGUUUAUUUGAUCUCAGCAGUUCUACCACUGUUACUCCUAGUUCUUUGUCUUCAGGUUGUCUUAGUGCUGUGAAUACUUCUAAGUCAGAAAAAAUGAAUAUGCUUUUCACCACAAAUGGUGCUCAACAAUUACAUAACUUACAAAUUCGUAAAGUACAAUUAUUGGGAACAGAAUCCCAGCAGCAAGUACUGGUGAAAAAUAGCACAAGAAUGUCAUUGAACGGUUUUACUCUACCUCCAGAUUUUAAUUUAAAUGAAAUUUCAUCUAAUAAGACUAUAUGCAUGAACAACAGGGAAGUGGAAGUAGAUUGCAGUAAUUUAACGGCAAAAAGUACUUUUCAAACUCUAAAUCUUAGUGGGAAUAUUGACAUUCUUAGUCAGGGUUUACAAGAAAGUGUUGGCAUAUGUAACAAUCAAGCAACAGAUCAUUCUUUGUCUGAUUUAUCCCAUGUAAAUAAUACUCAUAUUUCUAAUGAAAGCCAAAUAACUGAUACACAAAAGGUCCAAGAUGAGGUGUCUAAAAAUAUUGUUAAUUGUUUACCUUUGGUAGAUGUACAAAAUCCUGCAACCAUUGUUAGUGACAAUGAAAUACAAACUUGCUUACCACCUGAUAUCACUACCAGUAGCAACACUUUGGAAGAAUCUAGGGAAUUUGAGAUUCCACCAAGUGACAUUGCUUCUGAAUCUACCAAGACCACCGAUUCUUCCCAAAUUUUAAGGCACUUUGUUUUACCUGAUGGUCAGUUGAUUGGUGUUUGGUCACCAGCUGAUAGUUCAGAAAAGUCUGUGAAUGAGCAACUUGUACAGAACUGUUUGCCUGGAAAUCUUAUUAUUGUACAAAAUCCUGAUGGUACAAUACAAGUGCCUAGUAACCAGAACCUCACUCUGGAAACUUUGCAAACAUUUGUGUCAGUUGAUCCGGGGCAAACUACUUCCACAUAUACUACAGUUCAUAUGUAAAACUGUACAUUUUUAUUUAUUUGAAAAAAAUUUGAUAAAGUGACUUUUGUACCUGCUGUUUAAAUUAAUGUAUAUUUGACAAGGUUUUUAAAUGCAUGAAUGCAUCUUUAUUAUAAAUAUUUAUAGAAGGAAAAUAUGCUUUGUUGUGCAUAAAUUGUUCCCUCCAAAUAUAAUAUAUUAUUCAAAGUUAUUUCUCUGUGUGUAUAAAUGUUUUAAGAUGUUAAAAAGAGUAAAUAUGUUAAUUAUUGAUAUAAUUAUAUAAUAUUGGCGGUGAGUUAUUUUUUAAUAUUGUUAUAGUUUGUUCUUGUAGUCUUUUCUCUCUCAUUGUGUAAUUUAAGAAAGCAUUAUUGGAAUUAGAAACUUGAAGAGAUUUUACUGGUAUCUCUUAAUUUAGAAACAUUUUACCAGGGUCCAAAACCAAAGGAUGCAUUACCUUUUCAUCUAUUAAAUAAGAAGUUCUUCAUUUCUUAAUGGAAACAGGUGUCUUAAUAAGUCUGAUAUUUACUAUAUAGAAAUAAAAUAUAUAAAACUUAUUUUAAUUUUUUAAACCAAAUAAGUUUCAAAUAUGAAAAUGCUUGAGGAAGUAUCAUCUCUUUAUUAUAGUGAUACAAUAUAUACUUAUUCCUCAUUAAAAUUGUGACAUCUCUGAUUCUAGUAAUGACUUGGCUUAAAAAAAUAUGAAUUCUGCUUCUUAUAAAUCAUAAAAUUUUCAGUUUUUUUUUUUUUUUCUUCUUAAUAUUAUGAAUGGAAAUCCAAUGUUAAACUACUAAAUUCUGGUCUUCUUACUUGGGUUGACUUUGUAUUGGUAUCCAAUUUUUUUUUGAAUGGCACAGGAGAAAAUGCUCUAAUAUAAUUUCAUAUAGUUUUCAGUAUAAAACAUUACCUCAGUAGUUGUAAUUUUAUGACCCUUAAAUGCUCAUAAUAUAAUUCUUCAAAGAAUUUAGAACUUUGUAACUACCACCUGUAAAUUUUUUAAUUUCUGGAGCAAUUAUAUGAAAUCAUUAUUUCUUUCUUUAAGUAUGAGAAUGUAUCUGUAUAAAGACUAUCCAGGUUUUAGUAUGAAAAUACAUUAACCCUUUUACUGCUAACCUAGCCCAACCGACCAUGCAAAUUUUAUACUGCUUUGCCAGAUUUUAUUUCCAAUGAAGGGUGCAAAAUUUAAAGAGAAGACAUCCUUGGUAAUAAUUUGUUUUACAUUUUGCAGCCCUCGUUUGAAACAGAAACCGUAUCUCUGGCACAGAAUUUGCAUAACCGGUUGGGCUGGAUUCUUAGUGAAAGGUUCAACUCUUACAUACUACUGUAUAUGGAAUGUUUUCUUAUAUUAAAAUUAGAAAUUGUCUUAUUUUAUUAUACAUAUUAAUUUAUUAGGGUGGAUAUUUACCAGCAUUCCUUAAGAAGAAGCAUUGCAUGAAUUAAGAAUUUUGUCACUGUUGUUCAGAUGAAUAUUACUCUUACCUAUUUUCUAAUCCAAAUAACCCUGAAUGUUUUUAGUCUUGUAAAAUGCUGUAUAGCAUUGAAAAUAUUGUACGGUAUUUGCAUGCUGUUGCGUCUUUUAAUCUUAAAAGAAAUUUUUGUAGAUAGUGUUAGUUAUUUUUGGAGAUUUCAGAGACUUAGUUGUUGAAUUUCUCUAAUGUAGUUUGAUCUUAGCUGAUAUCAAAUCUUUUGAAAUGAGUUAAAGAUCUUAUAUUAAUAUGACAUGGAAUUAAUGUGGUUUAUGUAAUUUGGCAAAAUUACGUAGUACACCCCAAAAUAAGACACAUUCUUUAAGAAAGGAGCUUUAUUCUAACUAAACUAAACUUAGUUAUUGUGUUGGAAAUAUGAACUUUACCUAUUGUUUUUCUAUUUUGAAAUUUUUAAUUGAGAAAUAAUGACCAAAGAACUAAAAUAGAUGUGAAGGCCACAGAAUGACAUUUAAAAAAUUUCCAAAUGUAAUAAAAAAAAUUCAAAAAUAAAUUCUCAUGAUUACUGAAUUAAAAACAAAGUAAAUAUUUUACUUUUUAUUUAUUCCAUGACAUUAUUUUUACUAUACAGGAUUCUAAAAUUAUUCUGUUUAUUAUUAUUUAUAUUGACUUUCAAAUUGGUAUUAAACCUUUAGUUUUGGACUCUGUGUAAUAUAUAUACUUAUUUCUUAUUUACAAGAUAUUUUAGGAACAUUAAAUGAAGCUAGAUGAAGCAUUUUAGACUCUUAGUUCAUGUUGAGGAUUUUAUAAACAUCUUUUUUGUGUUCUUAAAUGUUUUAAUCAAAUUACUUUCAUAAUCAAAGUAUUAGAAAGUAUGAUAUAAAACUUGUUAAUGGAUUUCAACCAAAUUUAUAACCUUUGUUUGAAACAAAUUUUUAUUCUUCUCUUGAUUAAUGAAAAAAUGAAAGAAACGUGCUGCUUUUUAACUGGCCAAAUUUUGAAUUAUAAAAAUUGAUACUGAUUAAUUUCUUUAAAUUGUUUAUCAAAUUUCAUUCUGUAAAUAGUAUUUUACCGCUGCAUUGUUCAUUAUGAAAAUGUAACAGAGUGUAGAUAUGUAUAUUUUACAAAAAUUAAAUUAUUUUUUAAAUAAAAUGAAAUUUGAUAUUAAUUUUUUAAAAAAAAAUUUCUUUUAACAUUGCUUAGCUGUGAUUUAACGUAUGAGAAAGUAUUAGCAGUAAAAUCAUUAAAUUUGUUCAAUAGCAAAACAGAAACAAAAAUAAAAUUAUUCAGGGACAUUAAUAAACUUUUAAAAUGAAGGAAGGUUUUUUGUUUGUUUUAGAGAAUAUUAAAAACUCUUUUAAAAGUAUAUGUCUAAUUUUCUUGUUCAUUUUUAAAACUCUGAAUGAUUUUGAUGUUGUUUAUUUAUGUCUGUUUAAUUAUUGUGAUUA